CCCAUCUACGCCCCUGAAGCUGCUGCCGCGACAGUGACCGACUGGCAAAGGAUCGUAAUCUGAUAAAUGACUGAAAGAUCCCUGAAGCAGAGCAAAGACCAAAGAGGACGCCUUUAAAGACUGUAACUGACUUUGCUUUGUCUCCUUCAUAGAAAACCUCUGUCUUCUAAGUUUCUGUGGAAUAAAUAAGCUCGCGUUGGAAGCCGAAGCAUAAACUUCUCAAGGCCAAGAAGAAGAAGAAGAAAAGAGACAGCAGGACUCUUCUAAAGUGGAGUCCACCUAUCCUUCAGUACCUCCGAGGCCCCCUGUCGCCCAUACGUUCUCCACGUCUUAAGAAUCUUCGACGGACACGCAUCUCAGUCUUGUGGAGGAUUCCAGGUGUCGAAAGAGCCGUUACCUUCAGCCAGCCGCCUGCUGUGGACCCUGGGUGAUCCGUCGCCAUGGCUACAAACAGGGAACAGCAGGUGGGUCACAUGACCGGCUUCCCACCUGCUGUGUACCCCUUUCCCUUCAACUCCAUGAGAAGCCACUCCCCCUUCGACCUGCUGGCCAACAGCAGCCUGUUUGGGAGAUUUGGGGCUGACCUGCCCAAAGAGAUGGCUGCUCUCUCGGUGGAGACCCAGAGCAACAGCUCAGAGGAGAUGGUACCCAGUUCUCCGUCUCCACCUCCCCCACCUCGAGUCUACAAGCCCUGCUUUGUGUGCCAGGACAAGUCCUCCGGGUACCACUACGGGGUCAGCUCAUGUGAAGGCUGCAAGGGUUUCUUCCGUCGCAGUAUCCAGAAGAACAUGGUGUACACUUGCCACCGAGACAAAAACUGUCAAAUUAACAAGGUCACACGCAACCGUUGUCAGUACUGCAGGCUGCAGAAGUGCUUCGAGGUCGGCAUGUCAAAGGAAGCGGUGCGCAAUGACAGAAACAAGAAGAAGAAAGAUGUGAAGGAGGAGGUUGUUCUUCCGGAGAGCUAUGAGCUAAGCGGAGAGCUAGAGGAGCUAGUCAAUAAAGUCAGCAAAGCUCAUCAAGAAACUUUCCCAUCACUUUGCCAACUGGGCAAAUACACCACCAACUCCAGCUCGGACCAUCGAGUCCAGCUCGAUCUAGGGCUAUGGGACAAGUUUAGUGAGCUCUCCACCAAAUGCAUCAUCAAGAUAGUAGAAUUUGCCAAGCGGCUGCCAGGUUUCACCAGCCUCACCAUCGCUGACCAAAUCACUCUGCUUAAGUCCGCCUGCCUGGACAUACUGAUGCUGAGAAUCUGCACACGCUACACUCCAGAACAGGACACUAUGACGUUCUCAGAUGGCCUGACUCUGAACCGGACUCAGAUGCACAAUGCGGGCUUUGGACCGCUUACAGACCUGGUUUUUGCCUUUGCAGGCCAACUUCUACCCCUGGAGAUGGAUGAUACAGAAACCGGUCUCCUCAGCGCCAUCUGCCUCAUCUGUGGAGACCGCAUGGAUUUAGAGGAGCCCCAGAAAGUGGAUAAGCUACAGGAGCCUCUGCUUGAGGCUUUAAAGAUCUAUGCCCGUCGUCGCCGCCCCAACAAACCCCACAUGUUCCCACGCAUGCUGAUGAAGAUUACUGACCUCAGGGGCAUCAGUACGAAGGGUGCAGAGAGAGCUAUCACUCUGAAGAUGGAGAUUCCAGGGCCGAUGCCUCCUUUGAUCAGGGAAAUGCUCGAGAAUCCGGAGGCCUUCGACGACCAAACAGAGAGCAAUGAGAGCCCGCCGCCUCCACCACCGCCCCCACCACCACCUGCACCUCCAGCCCUGGUUCUAAAGCAGGAGGCUGAGGAUGAGGACGACAGCUGGGCCACCGAAAACGGCAGCGAGCCCUCACCGGAAGAGGAGGACGAAGACGACGAUGACGAUGUGGGAGACGAAGAUCGAGACAGGGGCUCGGACAGUGACGGGGAGCCCUGGGUGUUUUAACUUCCAUAGAUGGGUCGAGGAAAGGCCUUGCUCGGAGGGCGCAGUGAAAAGAGCAUUUCAUACAUAGACACACAGAUUCAUCACACACCAACACACACACACACAUACACACACACACACACACACACACACGCAUACAAGCAUAUAAGUAAACAUACACAUAUAUAGCACAACCUCAUUCACGCUUCCACCUCAAGAAAAUGCUGGCCUUCCCUUCUCCCUCUCUCUCUCCUGACUGCACAUCAUUGUGUCCUCCUCAACUGAGCACAGCAGAGCCUUAAGCGUAUAGACAUUUCUAACUCAGGCCACACGGUCCAUGACAAGUGAAAUGCAGAAAAAAUGAGAGGUCAAGGGAGAGAUGACGGUAAACCAGAUGAACUCCUGGCACGGCCAAGAGAGAAGUUAACGUGACAAAAAGAACAUAACCUCUUUGAGAAAGCUAAAUGUUUGUUGUUUUCUCCCCCCUACCCCCCCUUACUAUUGUCGUUUAUAUCUAAACAGGGGAGCCUCCAAACUAGACACCAGAACUAAGCAGUUGAUUUUGAUUGAUUACAACAAGCACAUUUGUCAAAUGAAAAGCAAGAGUACAGGGCAAAGCCAAAUUGAGUAUGCAACUCUUUUGUUGUUAUUUUUAAAUAUUGUUUUCAUUCUUUUUUUUUUUUCCUUUUUUCAGUUUAUGAAUAAGUCCAUACAUAUCUAUAUACCAUUAUAUUUUGUUUUUUAUUUGUUAUUCUGGUUUUAUAUAUGAAUCCUUUAGACAAGUUUUUAUCUUUGAAGAGCUUUCCUGAGAAAAUAUUCAGAGGGAAAGAAGGGUAAUCAGAACUGGCUGGGUCUUCCUUAUCAGCUACAUAUGCUUAGCUCGGGCUUCUUGGAGCACUUUGGCUCACUGUGGAUGAUAAUCAACCCAGGACUUUCUUUUUUGUUGCAGUGACUUAACCAGUUUCUGUUAUCAGGUAAUUGGCAUUAUUCUUUUAUGCUGUUGUUGCAGCCAGCAUAUGCUGUCAGUGCAGGAAGUAAGUAUCUUUGUGCCAAAGUUAGGAACAGUCAUCUGUGGAGUGUGAGUUUAACUACUGGCAGGGACUCCAGAUACAAUCCAGCGGUCCUCAUGGCAGAAUGCUCACUCACAUAUGCACUAAAAACACACUCUAAUUAUCUUGGACAGUGUAUCCACACAAGCGCAUAGAACAAACAUACACACUCCUCUCGCUCUAUGCUGAGUGGUAGCAGAUGUGCCAACCUGGCACAAAGUGCCGGGAUCGGAGAUUUAAACUUGACCGUAUAUAUGUAGCACUUUUGUGAUCAUCUGUUUAAGCAAGGCACAUCUCUUCCAUUAAGUGUAGAGCCACUGUCUGUGAGCAUAUAUCCCAGUUAGCAUGUCAAAACCGAUGGUAACAUCAACAUAUUAAAUACAACGGAUCUUAGAGCACUCCCUGAUGAUAUCAGUAGAUUAGCACACUCAUUCAACACAGAUAAAACCAUCCAAACAUACUAGUAUCAUAUGCAUCAACACAACCAUUAAAGGCAUAUGCAAAGCAGGAAUCUUUAUGGAAGACAUUUUGGAAUCAGACUCAGGGCUUUUCAGUAAGGACCAAACCCUAGCUGCUUCCCAGCAUGCUAGAAACAGGCAAUAUUUAUGCGUGCAUUCUUGACUAUGCGAUUCUCAACCCCACUUUGUGUAAAUAGAAGAUGACAAGUCUGAAAAACAGCAUGGAUACCAGUCUGACUCCCCUCAGAGCGAGGAGGGACCACCAUCAUCGUCAUCAUCAUCAUAAUCAUCGUCCCACCUGCGUUCACACUGGUAUCCAUGCAGGAAACUGCCCUCUCAUCCUAAAAAGCCAUUAUAUCAUCUUGUCUUCUUGUGUAUAUUCUCACUUUUUUUUGAAGAAGAAGAAGAGUGGAGGAUUAUGUGUUCUCAUGUAUCAUUUCUUUAUUGCCAAAAUGUCACAGUGGGCGAUCAGCUUGGAAAGCACGGCUGAUAUACAGUACAGAGGUUUUUUCUCUCCCUCUUUGAAGCAAUACGAACAUAGUUUCUGUAGCAGCGAGAGGUCCCAUCCUCUAAAUAUGGGCAGGUCUCCUCAUUGUGUGUGUGUGUGUGUGUGUGUGUGUGUGUGUGUGUGUGUGUGUGUGUGUGUGUGCGCGCGCGCGCGGGUGUGCACGUGAGUGUGAAUGCUUUAGAAAGUUUUCAGUCAUGGGUGGAUGUCCUUGGCAUGGUGCUGUCACACAGAAACUCUCGUGUGACCUCAUCCUUUCUCUCUCUGCUAGGCCGUCACGGUGAUAGUGACGGUAAUGCAGGCAAAACUUUGAGAUUAUGUUAUGUGUUAUGUUAUUGUUUUUUUUCAACAUGGCCAAGGUGUUGUUCUUCCUCUGUUUAUGUCAACUCUUGUCAUACAAAGAAAAGCCAUAUAAACAGUGAGAGGCACAAUAAACUACUUUUGAGAGAU